AUGGCGGAUUGGGGUCCAGUGGUGGUGAUAGCAGAAUUUAGGUUAUUGGGUGUAGAGGGUUCGAAGAAGAGGUUAGAGGAAAGUUUGGGAUUUGGUUCUAUGGGGUGUUCUGUUAAAGGUAACAGUUGGGAGGUUAAGAGGUUAGUUAUCGAUUCAGUUGCGGUUCAGUUACAAGGGGAUUAUGUAAAAGAAAAAAGAGAAUUUAUCAAAGCCAUUGCAAAGGACAGAAAUCUUUCCGACCUCUCUAAAAUGAAUUUUCUGUUGUGCUUAAUACAGGUAAUAAAUAAAAUGGAUUCAGAAACCGUUGGUAAUGAAAUUGUAGAUGAAGUGAAUGUGGUUGAUUUAGAGAGUGAAACAAUUCAAGGCGUAAAUGAACUAAGAAGAAUUGAAGAUGAUGUUUUACCUAAGUCUAAGAAGGCCAAAACAUCAAGUGCUGAUUGUUGGAAAGUGUUUACUAAACUUGGGGCAGAUAAAGAUGGGAAUCCAUUGGCUAAGUGCAAUGGUUGUUCAAAGAUUUUGAAGGGUGGCGAUAGGAAUUAUGGUACCACGAGUUUGAAUCGUCAUAUGAAGAAGUGCACUAAAAUCAAAUAUGCUGAUGUAGGUCAAGUAAUGAUGGACUUGCAAGGUAGACUCAAGAAUCUUACAAUAGAUAAAAAGGUUUCUAGAUCAAUGUGUGCUACUGCAAUCAUUGCACAUGAUUUACCGUAUAAAGUUGUGGAGUUUCAAAAAAUUAGGGAUUGGAUGAAAUAUUUGAACCCUGACUUUUCUCCUAUUUUAAGAAAUACCGCUAAGGCUGAUGUUGAUGAAAUAUUCAAGACAGAGAAAGAAGCUCUUAAGAAGGAGUUAGCUAAUAUUCCCUCUAGAAUUUCACUAACUUCUGAUAUGUGGACAACUUGUACAAGUGAAGGUUAUAUUUGCUUGAUUGCUCAUUAUGUUGAUUCCAAUUGGAAUUUGAAGAGUAAGAUUCUAAACUUUUGUCAUAUGCCUCCUCCACACACGGGAUCUGAAAUGUCAAAAAAGAUUCUUGACUUUUUAUCAGAUUGGGGAAUUGAGAAGAAGAUUUUUUCACUCACAUUAGAUAAUGCUUCUGCUAAUUUCGUGAUGCAAGCUCAUUUGAAAAGACAACUUGUCUUGCAAAACUGGUUAUUAUCUGAGGGAGAGUUCUUUCAUGUUCGUUGCUCAGCACAUGUUUUAAAUUUGAUUGUGCAAGAGGGUUUGAAAGUAAUUGGUGAUGCAUUGGAAAAGAUUAGGGAAAGUGUCAAAUAUGUGAAGGGCUCUGAGGGUAGAAUGAAAAAAUUCAAGGAAUGCGUUGAACUCAUUGGCGGUAUUGAAACAUCGGCUGGUUUAUCUUACGAUGUUUCCACUAGAUGGAAUUCUACUUAUUUGAUGCUUCAAAGUGCAGUGAAGUACCGACGUGUAUUUGCAAGCCUUAGUCUUCAUGAUGAUAAUUAUAAGGUUUUCCCUUCCGAAGAAGAUUGGAAAAGAGGAGAUAAGAUAUGCACAUUCUUGUUGCCAUUUUAUGAGACAACAAACUUAAUUUCCGGAACGUCUUAUCCUACUUCCAAUUUGUAUUUUUUGCAAAUUUGGAAAAUUCAGUAUGUUUUGAUGGCAAGCAUCAAAGAUGAAGACACUCUUAUAAGAGACAUGGCUGAAAGAAUGAUGAUCAAGUUUGAGAAGUAUUGGAGUGAUUAUAGUGUGGUUCUUGCUCUAGGAGCGGUUCUUGACCCAAGGAUUAAGCUUACCUCUUUGGAAUACAUGUAUGAAAAAGUUGAUCCACUUACCUCAACAAUUAAAACAAAUGAAAUCAAGCAGAAAUUGUACACUCUCUUUGAGAUGUAUCGUCGCCUUCAUACUUCGUCUUCUACGACCUCUCAAACUCCACCUUCCAUCACUAAGGGGAAUCAAUACUAUUAUAACAUGCUGCAAAUUGCCAAAUAUGUUGCUGUUAAAUGUAAGAAACAUGUUGUAAACUGUUACAUGCUGUUAAAUGUUGUUAUAACAUGCUGUAAAUUGCCAAAUAUGCUGCUGUUAAAUGAUUUGAAAGCACACAAACAACAACUUGCAACAGAGACCGGAAAGUCUCAACUUGAUGUUUAUUUGGAUGAGGCAAGUGUGGAUUUAAGUUAUCAAAAUUUUGAUGACUUGAAUGUUCUUCAAUGGUUGAAGGAGAAUUGGAAUAGGUUUAAAGAGUUAUCUUUAUUGGCUCGUGAUUUGUUAGGCAUCCCUAUUACUACUGUUGCAUCUAAAUCUUCUUUCAGUAUUGGUUCGAUCAUUCUAAACAAAUAUAGAAGUCGCUUGUUGUCGAAGAAUGUAGAGGCAUUGAUUUGUACUCGCAGUUGGCUUCACGGUUUCAACAGUUUUGAUGUAGUGGGUGAUGAUGAAGAUAAUGAUGAUGGAAGCUUGGCGAAAAGUAUUAUAACUGAAGCAUCAUAUGUUCAUGACGUAGAUGAAGAUUGA